AGUUGGUAACGGGCGCACGCGUGUGAGACUUUUAAGAUUUACGAUCUGACCAAGUUUUGACUGUAAUUUGGAUUUAAAACUACUAUUAUUAUUAUUCAUAUAUUUUUAUGAAUUAAAAAAUAUUUAUUGUGAAAGUGUCAAAGUGAAAGUAAGCAGACAUUCCAUCUUGAACCAGACUUAAAAAGGAUUUAAACGAUUUCUACUGAUUUAUAAAAAAAAAUGAAAGACUGAAGUAACAACAUCAAUAACAUUAUGCUGGAUAUCUUCCCUCUACGAUGGUUCGCAAAAUUUCAACAUGGCGGUAUCGCCAAUCAAUUCUUUAUGGCUAUUAUGGUGACAAUUCCUGUAUUAAAUUUCGGUAUGCUGAUGGGAUGGCAGUCACCUAUGACGCCAAUAUUGCAGUCCUCCGAUGGACCAGCCCCAGAACCCAUCACAGAUAACACCAUAUCCUGGAUGGCAUCGAUCACAUUCUUUCCUUCCAUCUUCUGUGGUGUUCUGGUUGGAGAUCUGGCUGAUAGAUGGGGCAGGAAAACCACUACAAUGUUGACAUCACUUAUGCUGGUGAUAAGUUGGAGCAUAACCCUUUUCUCACUUCGUCCAUGGGCGCUGAUCACGUCCCGGGCAGUUGCUGGGUUGGCCUGUGCUGGCUGCUAUGUAGUCACACCAUUAUAUUUAAAAGAGAUAGCGUCAGACCGCAUAAGAGGCGCUCUGGGUUCCCUCUUCAUCCUGGUACAAAACCUUGGAUACCUGUUGGUCUACGUGGCCGGAGACCUACUCUCCUUUGUGACUGUAAUGUGGCUGUGCACGGCAAUACCUGUGCUGCAUCUACUGGUCUUCUUGACUAUGCCGGAAACACCAGUGUUUUUAGUAAAACAAGGAAAAUAUAAGGAAGCCCGUGUGGCAUUAGCAUGGCUACGCCACACAUCACCGGAUGACAAGAAUCUUGAAGAAGAAGUCCAACAGAUGGAAAGAGAGGAGGAAUACGCACGCUCUAUGAAAAAGGGUUCUUGGAAAAGUUUAUUCCAAGACAAGACAACAUUCCAAGCGUUCCGUAUAGCGCUAAGCGUGAUGCUGUCUCAAGAGACCUGUGGCUAUUUGGUUGUAUUGAUGUACGCCGGUUCCAUAUUUGACCAGGCUUCGCAGUCUAUCAGCUUGAAGCUCAGUCCCAACAAACAGACUAUAGUAGUGGGGGUCAUACAGCUCAUUGGAUCUAUAGUCGCUAGUUGCAUCGUGGAGCAGACAGGACGAAAGUGGCUCCUCGCUGGUACAUCACUAGCGACGGGAUUGUCUAUGCUGUCAUUAGGAGCAUGGUUCUAUGUCACAUCACUAUCAAUAUGGCUGCCGGGAUGGUUGCCAGUAUUGGCUAUGUGUUUGUGUAUAUUUUCAAACGCCGCUGGCUAUCAACCCGUCCCAUAUGUUAUUAUGUCAGAACUAUUUUCAUUCCAACAUCGAGGAAUGGUGACGUCCUUUAUCAGUAGUGUUGACGCACUCAGCGACUUCCUACAAACAAAAGCCUACGACCCAAUGCUGAAAUAUUUCGGCAUACACUGGGUUUUCAUAUUUUUCUCUCUCGUAUGCUUCUUAGGGACAUUUUACACUGUUCUAUACGUACCAGAGACUAAAGACCGAAGUGUAGAAGAGAUCUAUGCUUUAUUAGAAGAUGGGAGACAGAAGGAGAAAAGGAAAGAUGUAGAGAAUGGUAUAGACAAAGACAAUGAAGUGAGUCGCCUUUAGGAUUUUUGUUGAAAUAUAAUUAUUUUGUUGCGGUCUAGAAAUAAUUUGUAUUGACACGUAUUUCUUUAAAUACAAGCAAACUACCGACAUAUUUAUUGUAUUGCGAAGUACAAGGUCACGAAAAUAUCAAAGCAAAAUAGUUGAAAACUGAUAUAAAAAAAUACUUAUUAAAACUACUGUUUACUGAUAAGCUAUAAAAACUAGGUGUUAUUAAAAUAUAUAUUUAUGUUUUUAGCCUUUGUAAGGUUAGUAUCAUAAGGCAAAUGAAAUUGUAUUUUUCCAUUCAAAUCUUUUAUAA